AUGGGAACGGAUGGGAGGGGCGGUUGGGCUAGCGCCGACAACCACGACCGGAGAUUUGAUAGCGCAGGGGGCGGGGAAAUAGGUGGAGGCGGGGGGGAGUUUGGCGGGGGAUUCGACGACGCUGACGGGGCGGCGGAGGGCGACGAGAAGGCAGUGGCGCGCGGGGGAGAGGCGGGCGGAGGGGACGUGAAGGCGGAGGCGCGCGGAGAGGGCCAGGCGCAAGGAGGGGCAAGCGGUGGGGAGAACGCGGAGGAUGUGGGGAAGGAGCAGGCGGCGAGCGGCGCUUACUGCGCGCGGGAAGCGAGCCUGCACGCGGAGGUGGGCGGCAGGGGGAGGGAGGGAGGGGGGAGGCGGCUGGCACUCUGA